UAGGGAACAACCUCGCUGGCAGUCCCUGCGCUGGCAAAUACAGGAAGCCGGGACUGCUGGCGGUGGGCUACCCACAAGACUAGCGAGUCACGCCACUGUUCUGGGCCUCAGCUUCUCCAUCUGCAAAAUGGGAGAGGGGGGAAGCAAACAAUCUGCCCCGCCAGGCUGACGGACUCCCGGGUGAGUCUCUCGCUGCAGACGAUCCCAGACAAAGCUAGAACAAUCUCCCUUCCCUGCGCCCCCAAACCCACCCUGCCUCCUUCCAGCUCGGGGGGGCGCUGACUCACUCCCCCGCCACUUUGCUCCCCCAGCCUCCCAGGAGCCCGUCCCACGGCCCUCAGGCCCCACGGCGGGAAGCAUCUGGGUCGGAGCGGCUCAGCUUCCCGCCCACCAUGAUGGGCCCUGGCUGCCGCCGGGCACCGGACACAGGGCCAAGGACGGGCCGCUGGAGGCAGAAACUCCGGCCGGGCAGGGACCUGAGCAAGGACACGCCGGCUUCACAGAGAGACCGGAGGACAAAGGCUGAGCCCAUGGGAGCCCCAGGGCUUCCUCACCCUUCCGGGGCAUGCGGAGAGCCCACGUGUAACAGCCGCGUUUCAGGACAGGGAGACCGAGGCUCAAUUCAAGCGGCCCCUGGCGGGCAUUCCCCGGCACCACAACAGAGAGGAAGUCGCCGGCUCUUCAGGGGCUUACGCUGGUCUGGGGGAGGGCAGCACCCCAAGCAGAGCCGGCGUGCCCACACCCGGGGGGACUUGGGGAGGGACGGGGGGCAGCCGUGGAGGGGGAGGUAAGAAGGGCACCAAAUGGUGGCAGCUGAGGGGCAGCCUGGCCGGUUCCCGGGGAGGGCAUGGGGUGCCCCCAUCUACCCUCCCGCUCACAUGAGCUACCUCCCCAAUGUCCCCAGAGGGCCAAGAGGCCGAGGGGCAGAGUUGGAUCCGCACCCGGGAUCUACCCCUCAGGGCCCUGGCUCCGCCGGUCUCUGCCUCCGAGAUUCCACACAGUCCGCCCGUGAGGGCUGCAGGGAGCACGAUAGGGGGUCCCAAAGGAAGCGGUUCCCAAAAUGACCCAGGGACCCACAAAGAGAAGCCGCCACGGGCACUGCUGUACCACCGUCACCAAUGCCAUGUCACCAUCACCACCACGGGCACUAUCAGCUGCUUGGGCCCCAUCCAGCCCCCUCAGCCUCCAAAAAGGACCUGUGAGAGCUCGCAAAGCAGCAGCGAGGCCGGCUCCAGAUGCUCAGCUUGGGCCCGUGCCCCAGGUCACCCCGCUCCCAGAGGCCUCCCCGCUCCCAGAGGCCUCCCCGCUGCCAGAGGCCUCCCCACUCCCAGAGGCCUCCCCGCUCCCAGAGGCCUCCCCACUCCUAGAGGUUGCCCCACUCCCAGAGGCCUCCCCGCUCCCAGAGGCCUCCCCACUCCCAGAGGCCUCCCCACUCCCAGAGGCCUCCCCACUCCCAGAGGCCUCCCCACUCCUAGAGGUUGCCCCACUCCCAGAGGCCUCCCCACUCCUAGAGGUUGCCCCACUCCCAGAGGCCUCCCCACUCCUAGAGGUUGCCCCACUCCCAGAGGCCUCCUCACUCCCAGAGGCCUCCCCGCUCCCAGAGGCCUCCCCACUCCUAGAGGCCUCCCCACUCCCAGAGGCCUCCCCGCUCCCGGAGGCCUCCGGCCGCGCCCCCGCCCUGCCGGACCAGCCACAAACCACUGGCUGCUAAAUAAAAACCCAAGAACGCGA